CGAUGGCUUCGGUUCGGUGAAUUUGACAAAUAAAAAUGGCGACAUGCAAGCGGAAAAGGAAAUUUCAAAUUACUGUUUUGUAGUCUAUGGCAUCAAGGUGUCUUUCAUCACUGUCUAACUUUAAAAGAAAGACAAAGCCAGAACGCCCUCUGCCGCCAGACAGAAGGAAUCUUCGCUGAAAGAAGCCUGUGAAAGAAUCCUCUAGAAAGUAGGCAUAGAAUCUCCGGUAACAAAAUCUUUACGUGAGAAUUUGUUCUUAUCCCGAAGUAAAAAAACACAGCCGACAAGAUGUGCGACCGCAAGGCGGUGAUCAAGAAUGCUGACAUGAGUGAGGAGAUGCAGCAGGACGCUGUUGACUGUGCCACCCAGGCACUGGAGAAGUUCAAUAUUGAAAAGGACAUCGCAGCGUUCAUCAAGAAGGAAUUCGAUAAGAAGUACAACCCGACGUGGCACUGCAUCGUGGGGCGCAACUUCGGGUCGUACGUGACGCACGAGACGCGCCACUUUAUCUACUUCUACCUCGGCCAGGUCGCCAUCCUGCUGUUCAAGAGCGGCUAGGCUGCCACCUCCUCCACCUCUAAAUUUUGUGUUGUUAGCUGCGGCAGUAUUAUCGGGUUUGCGAGUCCCCUUGCCCUGCGGCCGCCGCCGGAACAUUCCUGUACCCGGCCGGCGGCGGCGCAGGGGCGGGGCGGGCGUGACUGUGUGCGUGAGUGCGAGUACGGCAGCUCUGGCACGAGCCUCUUCACCCACUGUUUGUUUAGAGAUGCUGGACAUUUCCGCGUCGACAUUUCACUUCUUAGUACCCGGCGCACUUGAUGUAUGUUUGUACUGUAUUAGCUAUAUACUUUAAGGUUCCAUAUUGACAUGGGUCAUACAUUAAUCACUUCUAGUGUAUUUAUAUAAAAAUUUUAGUUAAUUAUCCCUAGACUUAUACCUAGCAUAGCGUAAAAGUCAUAUGUUAGUACCUAACUAAAUUUAUUGUUUAAUUUUCUUUGUUAAUACAUUCACUGGAGAUAUUUUCAAUACUUCUAUUAUUAAACUUUCUUACAAACCGUCA